AUGGCGCCGAUUCGCAUACGCGUGCGCGGCCCCAGCGAAAUCGUGACGCUCGAAGCCGCCGAUGAGUGGACCCUGGCACAACUUCUAACACACAUCCGGGAGAAGACUGGGGUCGAUAGCUUCACACUCAAGGCGGCGUAUCCGCCAACAGCGCUCGACCUAUCCGAUGCGGAGUCCAAGACACUCGCACCACUGAAGCUGAAUGGGGAAACGCUCAUGGUGAUUCCGACGGACGGUGGACUGGCGGGCGGGCCACCAUCGGGAGUGCAAGCUCCUGUAGCAUCUGCGCCUCCACCGGCACCAGCACAAAAGCCGUUUACACCUAAACGAGUAGACGUUGACGAGACAGUCGUGCCAUGGGACGAAGGCGGUGGCUAUUUGGUGGUGCGGGUCAUGCCGGAUGACAACAGCUGCAUGUUCACUGCGUUUGGCGGCGUCAUGGGUAUAUCAGAUCCAGCGGCCCGGGUACGUGCCGAAGUGGCGUCGCACAUCCUUGCGCACCCAGACAAGUACACCAAAGUGGUGCUCGAAAACACCGAACCCUCUGUCUACGCGAACCGUAUCAAGGAUCCGCAACGAUGGGGCGGCUCGAUCGAGCUCCAGUGCCUCAGCGAGAUCUACGGGAUCCAGAUUUGCUCAAUCGACGUGAAGUACGGCCGUGUUGAUACGUACGGCCUCGACAAGGACACGCGUUGCAUAUUAUUGUACUCGGGCAUCCACUAUGACCGUAUCGCGCAGUCGUUUGACCUGGGGCUGCCCGUGGACAUGGAUGUGACGCAGUGGCGAGUGGACGACGACAGCGUGAUCGACAAGGCCAAACAGCUUGCAGAAAAGCUCAAGUCGGCACACUACUACACGGACACGCAGACGAUGGCAAUCCGAUGCGAGGUGCCGGGGUGUGAGAACUGGCUGGGCUCUGGCCAGAGGGAUAUGGUCAAGCACACCAAGGAGACGGGACAUACGGCGUUUUCGGAGCUGUCGAUAGAUUGA